CAGAUCACGCACAAUCACGCACGGACACGCAGACAGAGCGCGCGGGAUGUGUGCGAUCUGACAUACAGCGGCUCAUUACAGCAGAAAUCAGCAUUAUGACGAGGUCUGUGCUGGAGGAGCAGAUGUCAGUGGAGUCGGAUGAGCAGCAGGAGCUCUGCAGCCCUGCAGAAAGAGAGAGGAGUGCAGAAGGAGUUACAGGUGGAGGAGGGGAGGAGGAGGAGGACCGCCUCCAUCAUCUAGAGGAGGAUGAGGAGGAUGAUGAAGAGGAGGAAGAGGAGGAAGAAGAAGAAGACGGGGAGAGCAAACCCAAAAGGCGAGGGCCCAAGAAGAAGAAGAUGACAAAGGCUCGUCUGCAGAGGUUUAAGGUCCGUCGGAUGAAGGCUAACGCCCGGGAAAGAAACCGCAUGCACGGCCUGAACGAUGCCCUGGAGAGUCUGCGAAAAGUCGUCCCCUGUUACUCCAAAACGCAGAAACUAUCAAAAAUUGAGACACUGCGCCUCGCCAAGAACUACAUCUGGGCCCUGAGCGAGAUACUGCGCUCUGGAAAGGCACCUGACCUCAUGAGCUUCGUCCAGGCACUCUGCAAAGGUCUGUCUCAGCCGACCACUAAUCUGGUGGCGGGCUGCCUGCAGCUUAACCCUCGGACGUUCCUGCCAGAGCAGACUCCAGACCUACCGGCUCACCUUCCCCCUGUCGGUGCCAGUUCCUACCCCGGACAUUUUCCCUACCAGAGCCCCGGGCUUACGGCCGGCCUGCCCAGCCCUCCCUACGGCACCAUGGACCCCUCUCACAUCUUCCACCAGGUCAAAGGUCAACCCUACGGCCCACUGGAGCCCUUCUUUGAUGGCGUCCUCGUGUCGGACGGCCCGGCGUUUGACCCGCCGCUCAGCCCACCGCUCAGCAUCAACGGGAACUUCUCUUCGUCCUUCAAGCACGAGGCCGUCGCAGCCACCGAUUACGACAAGAGCUUCUCCUUCAGUGUGCACUAUGGAGGCGGGGGAGCUGGAGGACACCCUGCCAUCUAUGGCAGCGGGGGUUCCAACCCACGCUGUGGUGACCUACAAGUGGACGGGCUGAUGGGCUUUGACGGACACUCACACCACGAGCGGCUGAUGAACGCCCAGCUGAACGCCAUCUUCCAUGACUCCUGAGGAAGAAGAGGACGAAGGACUGAGAGACUGAUGAAGACAGAGAGACCUUUGUAUGGAAAGACAGUCUUGUGUACUUCUAUCGUUUUAAAGCUGUCUUUCUGUCUGUCCUUGCUUUUUUUCUUUCUGUCUGCGUCAGGCUCUGCGACUCAUCCUGACAACGGCGACGUCGCAAAGAUGUCACCUUGAUGUAACCUUCUUUGUAGCACUUCAUCCUGCGGGAGACGCUCUCUGAAUGUCUCGUUAUUAUCCAUAUUAUCACUUAAAAAUAAUCAAUAAUCAAUGAGCAAUAAUCUGGAGUAAACUAUGCAAUUUUGUUAAAAAUCUGAGUGACCCUCAGUAUAAUAAUUCCAAAUGUUGAAAGAAUAAAGAUUUCUCUAUUUUUGGGUCAGUGUGUGAGGCAGUGUUGGGCCGGUGAUGAGCUGAAGUGUUUAUGUGAUUUUUACUUUUUGCUUUUUAUAACAUUCCUGUAGUGUUCUGUUAACAUUUCAUGUGACUCUUGUUCAUAUUUUAUAAGAUAGAUGUUUAUAAAUACCUUUUAUUAAAAGGGAUUCAAUGUGA